CGAAUACAGGCGGGAAAGGAACGCUUGAGCCAAUAGAAAUAUUCACACAGCUGAGCGUCUUUUUAUGUUUUGAGAAAGCUAAAAAACGAGCCACUCCACCGCGGCGGACACGAGCCCAAACAUCCAAACACACAACCAGUGCCCGGCGUGGGACGAGGAUGACAGACUGUAAGUCUGAGUGAAGUUUGCUGGACGUUACAUGUAUUCUUGUGGACGCUGCCGUGGAUGUUUUCGCCCGGACUGCGAAGAAUUAGAGGUUGCCAGUUUCACAAAUCUUUUCUGGCUGCGGAACAGAGGAAAUUAGCAUCAUGCGAAAAGUUAAAAGCCGUUGAUGAUCGCUUUCCCUGAGGCUCAAAUUGACGAGACCAGAACCUGCUAUUACCAUCAUCUAUGGGAACUCUGAAGGGAAUUACACCUGAAACCCAGCUCACUGAUCAAGUUGCUGAAGUUCAUUGACAAGCAUCCAUUAUCCCGUUGGAUUUAUACUUUUGUGGUGAUUGCUUUAUCUUUGUUUUCCACGCUUGUAUUUGAACCGCCCUGCUCUCCUUUUCAAGGAGUAAAAGGAGGUGGAAAAUGUAUAUACAUGGCCGGCUUGUAAAAAAGGCAACAAAAUGAAUAAAACAUUAGAAGCGACUGAAGGCUAUUUUUCCGCAGUUUACCGCAGUUGAAUUCUUCCUCACCUCCUCUCUUUUUUCCGGAGUCUGACAAAAACAGCGCUGGCAAACUGACAGCAUCUGCCACUCCAGAGACUCCGUUUGCCCUGUUUGUUUAUUGCCUGUUGUUUUGUUUGUCUUGUUUCUGCGCUCCUCAUUCCCUGUGCUCCUGUGAUGCCCCGUUGCCCCUGUGCUCGUGUGGAGCCAUGCCCGUGCCCGAGAUGGCUCUGAGCCCUGUGAAAUCUUUGUACUGGGAGGCGUUCCCCCCGAUGUCCGCAGGCCGGGUCUACUGCUCGGCUGCGCUCUGGGCUGAGCGCCUCUAUGUGCUGGGGGGCUGCAGUGAGAGUGGCGUUCCACUGGACUCGGUUGAAGUCCUGGAUCUGGAGACCCAGACAUGGUGCCAGCUGCCUCCAUUGCCCACCGCUCGAGCGGGAGCCUCGGCUGUGGCUUUGGGGGACCAGUUAGUAGUGAUGGGAGGCAUGGAUGCCCAGCAGAGUCCACUGGCAUCGGUGGAGGUCUAUCACCACGAUGAGGGCAAAUGGGAGAGGAAAGCUGGACUGGGCCAGGCGUCCAUGGGUAUAACCGCGCUGGAGAUAGAUGGAAAGGUGUAUGCACUGGGUGGUAUGGGAUCAGACACCAGCCCUCAGGCUCUAGUGAGGGUCUAUGAGCCUCUGAAGGACCAGUGGUUGUCUCUGGCCUCCAUGCCCACGCCUCGGUACGGAGCCUCCUCCUUCCUGCGCGGAAACAAGAUCUUUGUUCUCGGUGGCCGUCAGGGCAAGCUACCGGUGACUGCAUUUGAGGCCUUUGACCUGGAGAUGAAGAGCUGGACUCGGUACCCGUGCAUCCCCAGCCGCAGGGCCUUCUCCUGCUGUGCAGCUAAUGAUCGAUCCUUCUUCAGUCUUGGGGGCCUGCAGCAGCCUGGACCACACAACUUCUACUCCAGACCACAUUUCGUCUCCACAGUGGAGGAAUACGACUCUGAACAGGGUGUUUGGCUGAAGCCCACGCGAAGCUCUCGGAUGAGGGAGAAAAGGGCAGACUUUGUUGCUGGCUGUCUUGGCGGAAGGGUGAUUGUUGCCGGAGGGCUGGGUAAUCAGCCAUCGCCGCUGGGAACAGUAGAGAGCUACAAUCAUGUGAAGAGAAAAUGGGAGGCUCUGGCUCCGCUUUCCAGCCCACGCUGCUCUUCUACUUCUCUGCAGACCUCCAACAUGCUGUUUGUCAUUGGAGGAGUAUCCCAGGGACCCAGCAAUGCAGUGGAGGCCCUAUGUCUGCAAGAAAGUGUCUGACACACAUAUGGGCGUGCACUCUUUCACACCUUGGUACAGACAUAAAUGCACUCAAUGCUGGACUCUCCUGGACAAAAGACACAGACCGAAACCACAGUCUGGCCAAUGGCUCAAAACACAGGCUCAGACACAGGCUCUAGUGCAGGAGUCUACAGGAGUCACAGAUCUCUGGAUGGACCAUAGACUUUGAAAGCUGGAGGUCUCAGAUAAACAAGCAAAGCAAAAAAAGUAAAAGAAAAAAUAUCUGUUAUCUACAAACAAACCUUCACAGACAGAGGUUCAGUGGUGCAGACGCCUUUGAUCUGUGCUGUGUCUUUUCACAAUCAAAGCAGGGUACUUUUCUGGCUAAACUCAAAAGGAACAUAGGGCCAUAUCCACCACGCUGCCGCAGAGUUUGCCUGCAGUAGCACAUUUAGCACUUUUUCUAUUACCUUGAAGGAAAAGCAGAGAUGAUGUGUGAGGAUUGUUUUAUUUUAUUAUUUUCUUUUUUUUUUCUUUUGCGGGAGUGGAGGCGUAUGCCUGCGUGUGUUUUUGUACCUUCACAGCCAUGCAUGUGUGAAAUUCAGCACUGUUAUUCUUAGAGCAGAGACGAGCACUCCGCUAAUGGUUAAUAACCGAUGCCUGCGCUGUAGCAUGGGGUUCGGGGAUUAGGGCAACUUGUGGAGACGGAUCGAGACAAAAUUAGCCAGCAAGAGUGCGACCCGGCUCAGUCCAGUCGAUUACUGAUCAGUGUCAGAACACUACAGAGUGCGUUUAUGACUUUCGAGUCACCAUAUAUAGAACAACCAUUACACCUGCUAAAUGAGCAGUUGGCAUGACAACUGAUGGAGUCAGGAUCUGAUUGGAGGUUGAACUUGUUGGAAGGAAGGGUGGGUUUGCCGUAAGUGUUGCUGCUGUUAGGCAACUCUAAUAAAAAGAAAAUGCUGGAGAAGCAUUUGUGGAGGUAAAUGACAGCAGAACUGAUGACUAAGCUUGCUGUCAAGGGGUUGCCAGCAACUUAAUUUCAGAACAGGGCGAAAUUAUGUUAUGCUUAGCCCAUACUACAGGAUUUUUAAAAUCCUAACCAAGAGCCCACAAGACAUUUUUCACUAAUUUUGCAUUACACUGAUUUAAGUGUUGUUAGCAUCCAAUUCCCCACAUUAAAUGAUCAGCCCUUAAAGAAGAAUUUUAAUAUUCUGCACACCUAGCUGAUGCCUCACAUCCUCAAAACCUUGCGGGAGUUUUUUGCAAACUGGUUGUAAACGGUCAUGGUAGAUGACUUGGAAACUGAGUGCUUUUUGCUUAGAAAAAGCCAAGAAAAAGAUAGGGAAUGCUAAAAAUAUGAAGUCAGCAGGCCUGACCACCACCAGAAAAGCCACCAGGAUGGUUACCCCCUGUGACUGAGUAAUCUGCUUAAUGGCUAGCUGGGCGGCCGCCAUAAUGACGUUGGAUUCUGGAGUCUGGUUGCCAGCAUGCUAACCUGGUGUUAGCAAAUUUAUAUGAGCUAAUUGGCAGCAUUGCUUAUGCAGCGAUGGUCAAGUUGGACAGUGCAAGUAGUAAUGUUUAAAGAGGCUGGUAGUUGGCAUAAAAACACAGUUCUCAAGUUUAUAUUCAGUUGGCUUUAUAUUAAGUAUUUUAAGUUACAUACUCUUUAAGGUAGUGAUUAUUCAACGCUGCAAAUGGGCAAAGAAAUAGUAAUCGGGCUAAUAGGUCUGCACCGGCAUGGAACGGUACAGCACAGCCUUAGUGACUUUUUCCCCUUGAGUGAAAAGUGGCCAUACAUUCAUAAUUAAGUAUGUUGCAUACAUAAUGGUACUUCUCCACUUGCACUUAAGCUCUCAGCACAUCCUGUUAAUUUCAAUAAAACCCAGCAUGCACUGCAUUGUUGCGUUGCAUUGAAUGCAGCUUCACCCUUUGGCGAAAAAGUUCAGCAGAGCUCAACUUUAUUUAAAUGAACCUGUAUUCAGCCAAUCAUGAAAACAGCAGACUGUGACUUCAGACACAUACAAACCUCACAAGCACAAAACAGGCACCUUUUAACCACAAAAGAGAAGCUGAAAAUGGUGGAAUAUGGAUUUAUAGAACUAUUCAUUAUAGUGAGAUUAAUUAAAAUUUACAAAAAAACUUAAUUAUGAUUCUAUACUUCUUUUGCUUCAUUUGAAUUCAAAAACGGCACGGACACUCCUACAUGUGACAAGCAGAGAAAUACUGCACAUGGAAAUGCGUUGAAGAAAACUGCUAGUGGACACAUACCAUAAGUUAAAGACAUACUUAAAAAAAUUAGGCUAUAAUGUUGUACAGAAGCUACAAUAAGUAAGUAAUUUUUCCCACCAGAGAAUCAGCAUCCACCACUAAGUAAAGGAUACUGAUUCAUAAAUAUUAAACCUGCAUAAUAUUUACAACUGCUCUGGGAGAAAUUUGGAGUGCUAAAGAUUGAAUUGUAGGGAUCAGACCGUGUUUACGCUCAGCAUGAAAUCGGUAGAUAUUUUGCGAUUGUUGGGAAGAGCAAAUUCGACCCGAUUAUCCUGUAGUGUGGGCCAGGCGUUAGGUAAUCUUCACAUGCACAUGCCCAUGUUUUCAAAUCCCCUCACCCUGUACGCCUACACACAUGCACACGCAUAACACAUGUUGUACCAGCCAGCACUCUCCACCAUCGAUGAAUCAACAAUGACAAGGGGUCAGGAGGCUCAUUACGGCUCUGCAAUCAGAAACUAAAUGACAGGGUUCUGAGUUUCAGGGUCACAGGUGGAGCCCCAGAGGACUCAUCAUGGUUGUAGGUUGUGUCUGCCAUAUUGUUUGCACUCCCAGCACGCUGGUCAUCUUGAUUAAAUGCUGGCCCGCUCUCUGAUGGUCUCACGGCCUGCCAUUAACAAGAGGCCCAGUGCCUGACUCGAUAAUAAGACACUUAUACAUAUUCAUGCCCUCAUAUUUAGCCUGUCUCCAGGGUGCACUGCUGCCUCUUAGUCAUCUGUGCGCCUAAGGGGUGACUAUCUGUGAUGAAUGCUGUGCGAAUGGCAAAGCCGUUCAUUUACCUCCAGCAUUUGAACGACACAUGCCUUGCCUGCGAACACAGUGAUCAAAGAGACACACUCUUACAUGGGGUCCUGCGCAAAUGCAAACGCACACACACACAUACACGCACAUACGCACGCCCACCCUUGUCCUUCAGCAUGUCUUGUUUGUUAUGAUUUACACCUCCCUAAUGAUACAACUGUGAUACUCCGCUGGCUGCCAGCAGUCUUUUGCAGCACGUCACAGCUGAAGCGUUAGCGGCUGAUCUGAUCGCCGGAGGUUUAUGGCUGUGUGCAGCCGUGACAGGCUCGCUCGUUCAGAGACGGUGCAGAACAAGGGGAAAGCUCAUGGGGACCGGGAGCGAUUGCUUAUUUCCGCCGUCCCGCUGUAUACAAACACAAGCUUUGCUGAAAUUCAAAGGCACUGAAAAUGCAAAAAGCGCAUUUCCAACAUAGCUUGUGGUUUCAGUAAUGGGUUAUAUGGUUUAGCUGGGAGCUGCUUCCAGGCUGUGGGAGCUCACAGGUGAUGUGUGAGUAGAUUAGCUGUGAUGAUUCUGAAAACAAUAUACCUCUUUUUUUUAUACCUGUUCUGCUACAUGAUGAGGCUCAUGAGCCCAGCGCACUGUAGAGUGAGCGAUUCUCAACUUGCAUAAAUCAUGCAUAAAUCAUCUCGCCCUAGCCAAGGUGGGUUCUUUGGAUCUGCCAGCAAUCUGUUUUUUGGAAGAGAUGUUUUGAUAGACCUGCAGAUUCAGAGUAGGAGCAAUAUGAAUAUUUAUGUUUAUGUUUUUUUGAGAAGCAAAGAACUUCUCAAGUACAAACCCAAAUCAGAAAAAGUUGGCACAGAAAACAAGUGUUUCUUACAUUUAUAUAUAUUUCAUGUUUUAUCUGAUCAGUCACAUUUAAUGUAUUAGCAUACAUCCAUCCCUGAAUUUCAGGCCUGCAACAUAAAAAAAGUUGAGACAGAGGAAUAUUAAAAUGUUAGAAACAAUGUUCCUUAAAGAAAGAUCGCAAGGUAUUAUCUUUAAUAUAAUUAAACAAAUGGCAAAGGUGCAAACAUAAGGUAAAUCUCUGAUCACUCAGAUCUAGAUGCAUCAUUCAAAACCCUAGUUGAUAGAACCACAGAACAGAGGAUUACUUUGACAAGCACAACAAUACACAGUUACACAUACAUGCCACUUAAAAUUAAAAAAAAAGGCAAAAGCCUUAUGCUAACCAUAUCCAUAAGCAGUGUCAAACAGUGUCAACUUCUCUAGGCUUGGAGGCAUCUGGCAUAGACCAUUACUUAGUGGAAGCAUGUAUUGUGGUCAGUUGAAUCGAAAUAUAUUGGGGAAAUAUCUUGGAUUAAAUGUAACAUGACACAUUUUCCAUAUUGUCCAAACUUUUUUCUCAUUUGGGGUUGUAGGUUGUUUUAGACAAAAUAUAGGCAAUCAAUUAUUGUUUUUUUUGUUGUUGUUUUUGUUUAGUUUUUUCUUGAUUUUACUAGUUGAUGACACAAAGAUUAGAAGUCUAUAUAUCCCAGCCCCCUCCCCUCUCCUUACACAAGUUUGUUUGUGAAUUUCUAGUAGGAAACACAGAGUGUGAUGAACACCUGGACCUUCAGUAGCAGUUGUGUUGCUGUGAUUUUGAUCAUGUUUCUCUAUGUCAUGGUAUAUUUCUCUGUGGUGAACCUCUCUAGUUUGGAUCAGUGAAUUAACCCAGCUUUUCCCAGUGCUUCGUGUUUGGUUGGUCUACAUGUUUGUUUUGAUCUUGUUCAUGUGUGUGAGGUGAAAGGUUGUCAUUGUUCACCUUUUCUUUCUUUUCUUUUUUUUUUCUUUUGUUUUUUGAAGAGCUGAGAUGCUGGGGUCUGUCCUUUCUAUAUGAUGCUGUGUUUUGACCUUUGUAAUUGGUGUGUAAGUGCAGAUCGUGCUAGCUUGAUGGAUCGAUGUCCAGGGCUGGUACUAUGUUCCAGAGCAUAGCUGAGUCUGUGCCUCCAAUUUAGAGAAGAAAAAAAAAAAACACAAAACCUGCCAAAGAGGAGCUUCAUCAAAGAAACACAACAACAAAAACACACCACUGUUAAAGUUGUUAAAGUGUCUAGAGGUUACCAUUCAUACUGGUUCAAACCUUGAAUGGAAUAUAUGGAAUACUGUGUGUGAAAACAUUUGGUGACACAUGUCAUUGCAAUCCAACAGAACAGAACAGUUUUGUAGUUGCAGAUUUUGUGCCUGUGGCACGUUUUGCCACGUUCACAUCCUUCACGUCAGAAGUAAUGUCGGAGGCUAUGGUACACAGGAGAAUCACUUGAAGUGAAUGAGCUGAGACAGUGCGCAUAGCCACAGCCAGCCGUGGGGAGCCAGCAGCGUCCUUUGGCGCUAUUCUAGUCCCUUCAGCAGAAUGAGAACAGUUAUCCCUGUAGGUUAAGUCUGAACUUUAUUGUAACAGAUCUAAUAAUGGUGAAGUGUUCCUUUGCUAGCUUUUGUAAUAUACCUUUUUUUUUUAAUAAGAUCAGAAUUGAUGGUGAGAGAGCUGACAACAGUUUUCUCUCUCUUUUAGUAUCAUAUUUAUUACCAAGCCAGAUUCCAGCAUGCUCAUGCUCCUCUGACAAUCAAUUUGAAGCAAUUUUUAAAAUGUAAUGGUGGUCUAAUAUGGCGUCACUUGACUUUUUUCAAGAUCUUAGAACUUCUUUAGCCAGAGGCAUUGAUUUGUACUUGUAAAAAAAAAAACUCAACAUUUUACAAUCUUUCUAUGCUGGAGCUGUUUAUGAAGAUCACCACUUUGGGGCUGUGGCACGUUUUGCUGAUAAGAUUCAUCAGAAUACACAAAACACACUCACUUUAAAGCAGAGCUAAAAGCUGUAAAAACCUCAUCAUAGAGGCUUUGUAAUGAUGUCAUGAAUCAGAACCAUAUGGAAUGUGGAGGGUGAGCUUGUGUAGCAAAUUCAUAUCAUAAUAAAGAAUCCUAGUGUUAGAUGCUCAUCUUCCGGUAAUAGAUUGAUGUACAUUCCCUGUCAUGGACCCUUUGGAACAUUUUCUUGUCAUUUUUCAUUUAUGUUUAUAUCAAAACUGUAAGACAGUUACAUUAGCAGGUAGGAAGCGUGAAUGUAUGAAGCAAGUACAGCACAGUAUUACAGUCAUGUAUAAAAAUUGGGACACAAUGAAAACCUUUCUUUUUGAACAUAUUUAAACAUAUGGACAUGUUUUUUUUCAUUUAAACAGUAGUUAGAGAUGGAGCUUAAACCAUAUGCCCAAAUUGCUGUUUUUCUCCCUUUAGCUGAAAUAACCUCAAUUAGGUGUUUCUUAUAAGAUUUCCCACUCCUCCAUGCAGUAUUCUUUCAGUUGCAUAGCCAGUUUCAAAUCACCCUACAGCAUCUCAAUAAGAUUAAGAUCCAGGCUUUGACUGCUAAUUCUGGAAUGUUUUUGGUCACUGCCAUGUUGCACGGUCCACCUCCCUCUAUUUCAGCCUAUUUCAUUUUGGAAGCAUGGUCCCACAUAUUUCUUAAGCACCCCCUCAUACAGUAAAUAAUUUAAAGUGGAUUCUAUAAAGAAGAGCUUGCCAGGCUCAGCUACAGGAAAGAAAGCCCAAAACCAUGACAUGGUAUAAACAUUUUGCUAGCGUGUCGAUAAGUUUGAAUAUGUUCAGAAAAAAACAAAUGUUUUCAUGGAGUGUCCUCAUUUUUUUUACCUGACCUGUAAAUUAUAUGAACACACCACAUGCUACAGUCCACAAACCUCUGCACCCAGUGAGUUCCUCUAUUCUUAAGUGCAGAUUAUUAUAAAACAAAAGCAUAUCACAUGGAAACCUUCACUCAGACUGGCAUGGUUGCUGACAGUGCUCUGGGAUAACACAGGUUCACGCAGGUUCGUGCCAGCGGCUCCAGUCCAGUAGUUCAGUGCCUAUAUAUGUGAGGUAGUGCCUCUACUAUGACUUCUCUAAUAAAAAGAUUUGAUCAUUGCUGUCCA